AUGCUGAGACAGGCUAGGCUCUGGCGCCUGUGGCGACGGCCUCUGGUGGCAAGGGUCCCAGCAGCGAACCUUGGCGGCAGAGAAGUCGCUUCCGGUGUGUUUCCCCUUGGUAAUACCUCGCCCGGAGCCCUGAAUAUCUUUGACCGGAAUUUGAAGAGAAAACAGAAGAACUGGGCGGCCCAGCAGCCCGAGCCAAUGAAGUUUGACUACCUGAGGGAGGAGGUUGGAAAUCGGAUUGCAGACCGUAUAUAUGACAUAUCCAGAGAUUUCACCCUUGCUUUGGAUGUUGGUUGUGGAAGAGGUUACAUAGCACAGCAUUUGAAUAAGGAAACUGUUGGAAAAUUUUUCCAAACAGACAUUGCAGAAAAUGCUUUGAAAAAUUCCUUAGAAACAGAAAUUCCUACUGUCAGUGUUUUAGCUGAUGAAGAAUUUCUUCCCUUCCGAGAAAAUACAUUUGACCUGGUGGUAAGCAGUUUAAGUUUGCAUUGGGUGAAUGAUCUUCCUAGAGCACUUGAACAGAUUCAUUAUGUUUUAAAACCAAAUGGAGUUUUCGUCGGUGCAAUGUUUGGAGGUGACACGCUCUAUGAGCUUCGGUGUUCAUUGCAGUUAGCCGAAACAGAAAGGGAAGGAGGAUUUUCUCCACACAUUUCUCCUUUUACUGCUGUCAAUGACCUAGGACAUCUACUCGGGAGAGCUGGCUUUAAUACCCUGACUGUGGAUACGGAUGAAAUUCAAGUUAACUAUCCUGGGAUGUUUGAAUUGAUGGAAGACUUACAAGGUAUGGGUGAGAGUAACUGUUCUUGGAAUAGGAAAGCCCUGCUACACAGAGAAACAAUGCUGGCAGCUGCAGCGGUUUACGGAGAAAUGUACAGAAAUGAAGAUGGUUCAGUACCUGCCACAUACCAGAUCUAUUACAUGAUAGGAUGGAAGUAUCAUGAUUCUCAGGCAAGACCAGCUGAAAGAGGUUCUGCAACCGUGUCAUUUGGAGAGCUAGGAAAAUUAAACAAUCUUAUGUCACAGACGGAAAAGUCACAAUAAAUAUUUUAUUCAGUGUUACUGUAGUCCAGAAUUUUCAUCAGAAAUCGAUAGUCUUCACAUAGAAAAUUAUUACAUUUUGAAGCAAGGAGCAAUCUAUAAAUCAUUUACUGGCUGAAAUCAAGUAAUUAGAAUAACUCGAUACCACGUCUAUAUUUUGUAAGCAUUGCAGGGUCACAUUGUUUUUAUUUUCAUAAGGAUGCUAUUAUCUAGGGAUUUGGAUCUUUUUUGCCUGUUCAACCUAAGAGAAAGAAAAUGUUUUCCUUGAAAACCUACAAAUAUAUAUAAAUUUUGAUUUGAUGGGAAAA